CCAACAUGAGUUCACACUUUAUAUUUACCCCGGUCCCAAUCCACAACUGCUCCCGAGUUCUUAAUUUGCAAAUGCUAUGUGCAUCUGUACAUGCAAAUGAAGUCCGUAAUGAAACCUUCGGAAUUUCUCCAAAUGCGCAUGUAUUUGUGCAGUACCGUCACUAUUUUUCUCCUGAUAAUCUCAAGCACGCACGCCGUCACAAAGCAAGGCCAGUACCUAAGCCUCGCAAACCAAUUCUUGGCACCACACAAUGCUGCUCGCUCUACCCUCAGACUGCGGCCAUUGAUGUGGGAUCCAAAACUGGCACGCUACGCACAAUGUUACGCCAAUCAAAGGCGCUUUGACUGUGCCUUGAGGCACUCUAACGGGCCCUAUGGCGAGAACAUCUUCUGGGGAAGUGGCAACGGCUGGACAGCAUCUCAGGCAGUGACGGCAUGGGUUUCGGAGCGAAAGUGGUACAAUUACCGGUCAAACUCGUGUGCCGGUGGACAGCAGUGUGGGCAUUUUACUCAGAUAGUGUGGAGGACAACAAGGAGAGUUGGGUGCGCCAGGGUGAUUUGUUCUGUUGGUAGAGGUGUGUUCAUGACUUGCAACUACGACCCUCCUGGAAAUUAUAUUGGCGAAAGGCCAUAUUGAUCAUCGAUGUUUUCGGUUGCGCGAGCAUGCAUAAAACAUUGCGGGCCGGCUACUGUGAGUGGGUGCUCAUAAGGCUUUGUUUUAAUAAUAUUGUUUGUGCAUAGCAGCAGCCAGAUGCAGGCAAUAUUCAUGGACAGUACUGAGCGUUGGGUCCUGACAACGCUGGCCUGCCUGUGAAUAUCCUGCAUGUGUGCUAUCCAACAUGUCAUUGGAGGUUUCAGUUCCUUCAUGAGUUAUCUAGUACCUUUUCGGUUCGUUCUUGAAAACUUGUAGCAUCUCAUGAUCCACGAACAUCUGUCUUGACGGCCCAUUAAUAUGUGGCUCUAAAUAAAAGGUCUUCUUUAAUUAUCAGCAAA